AUGUCCACCUUUAAUGCAGAAACUGCUGAUAACUUAGAAGAUAUUGAGAAACAAUUCGCUGUUGUUGCUGUUGAACAGGCAGAAACAUACUGGAAACUAUUAACAAGUGUUCCAGGUUCCAAGUUACGCUUAACUAAGUUUGAUGACGAAAUAUACGAGAACUUUAUGGAAAGAUUUCCAGAAUACAAGGAUGUUGAGAGAGUCAAAAAGUUUACGGAGGAAGAAUUAAAAACUAAAGAAGCCAAGGAAAGAUGGAGAAAGUUCUUCUCAAUUUUUGAGAAGAAAAUCGAAGACUACAACUUUGGUACUUUGUUAAGAACAGAUGCUUCAGCUGAAUAUGGCCAAUUUUCUACUUGUUUUGUCGUGAGGCUACAAUUCUAUGCUUUUGAAAUUGCUAGAAAUAAGCACGGUUUGAACGAUUGGAUUGUCGGCCAGAAAUGA